AUUUACUUAAGGCCACCUGGCAACCUCCUCCUCAGCCGAACCAGCGAGUAUUAAGCAACUCCUCAGCCUCCCACAAUUAAAUCUUCUCUUCCUCUCCCUCUUCCUCCCCAUUCCGAAAGAGCUCUGGAAGCAACACACCACCCUCAGUCUUCUAUUACAGUCGACUACUCCAUUGUUCCAUCUUUCUGUCAAUUGCAAUUUGAUUGAUCGGUCCGAUCUGCUGUCGUCACUAUGCGUUUCUCAGCAACUGCAGCCAUCUCGGCCGCUGCUCUCCUGACAGGAAGCGUCAAUGCCGAUGCUCAAUCUGUCCUGAGCGAGGCCAGCUCCUCUGUCGCCAGUGUUGCCAGCGAUGCUUCGUCUGCAGCUACCUCUGCCACCGAGCUCCCAGAGCUGCCAACCUUUACUCCUACCAAGAUUAAGGGCGACUUUGUUGAGCAGUUCACAGACGAUUGGGAGGCACGAUGGAAGCCAUCGCACGCCAAGAAGGAUACCAAAGGGUCCGACAAAGACGAGGAGUGGGCAUACGUCGGUGAAUGGGCUGUCGAAGAGCCACACGUUUACAAGGGAAUGGAGGGUGAUAAGGGUCUGGUCGUAAAGAACGCAGCUGCCCAUCAUGCCAUUUCUGCCAAGUUCCCUAAGAAGAUCGAUAACAAGGGCAAGACCCUGGUCGUCCAAUAUGAGGUCAAACUCCAAAGUAAGAACACAUCUCUAAAUCUUCGAAUUAAGCGACUGCCAAUAUCUUCCUCGAAAGUCAUACUAACCGCUUUGUAGAUGGCCUCGAAUGUGGUGGCGCUUACCUCAAGCUCCUCCGUGACAACAAGGCUCUCCACCAGGAAGAAUUCUCCAACGUCUCCCCAUACGUUGUUAUGUUCGGUCCAGACAAGUGCGGCUCCACCAACAAGGUCCACUUGAUCAUAAACCACAAGAACCCAAAAACUGGCGAAUAUGAGGAGAAGCACUUGGCAACUGCCCCAGCUGCCCGUAUCGUUAAGACCACCGAGCUCUACACCUUGAUCAUCCACCCUAACAACACCGCCAUCAUUAAGUUGAAUGGUGAGCAAGUCAAGGAAGCCAACCUUCUUGAGGACUUCCAGCCAGCUUUCAACCCACCCAAGGAGAUCGAUGACGCAAAGGACACCAAGCCAGACACCUGGGUUGAUGAGGCCAGAAUCCCCGACCCAGAGGCUACUAAGCCUGAGGAUUGGGACGAGGAUGCGCCAUUCGAGAUUGUUGAUGAGGCUGCCACCAAACCAGAGGAUUGGCUCGAGGAUGAGCCUCUCUCUAUUCCUGACCCAGAGGCCGUCAAGCCAGAGGAUUGGGAUGAUGAGGAGGAUGGAGACUGGAUCGCCCCGACUGUCAGCAAUCCCAAGUGCGACGAAGUCUCCGGAUGUGGACCAUGGGAGAAGCCAACGAUCAAGAACCCCGAGUACAAGGGCAAGUGGACCGCACCGUACAUAGAUAACCCAGCCUACAAGGGCGUCUGGGCUCCUCGCAAGAUCAAGAACCCAGACUACUUCGAGGACAAGCACCCAGCGAACUUGGAGCCCAUGGGAGCUAUCGGUUUCGAGAUCUGGACCAUGCAAAAUGAUAUUUUGUUCGACAACAUCUACAUUGGUCACUCCGUUGCUGAUGCCGAGAAGUUCGCUGAUGAGACCUUCAACGAGAAGCACCCUAUCGAGCAAUUGAUUGAGAUCGCCGAGAAGCCAAAGGUUGACGAGACCAAGCCACCUCGCUCCCCAUCUGACCUCGUCUUCACCGAGGACCCAAUCCACUACAUUAAGGAGAAGCUUGACCUUUUCUUCACCAUUGCCCAGAACGACCCCAUCCAAGCUAUCAAGUUCGUUCCUGAGGCUGCUGGUGGUCUUGCCGCUGUUCUCGUUACUUUCAUCGCCUUAAUCGUCGGUAUCGUUGGCUUGGGUGGAUCAUCUGCACCACCACAAGUCAAGAAGGCAGUUGAGAAGACCAAGGCCGCAGCUGUUGACGCUAAGACCAAGGUCGCUGAGGCUGCCGCGUCUGGUGUUGAGCAGGCCAAGGCUGAGAAGCGUUCGACCCGAAGCACCUCAUAGAUUAGAGGCGCUAGAUUGAUAAUUAGACAAAGCAAACCUGGUUUUAUGGUCGGGAGGAUGUGUUACAGUAGGCAUCUGGAGACAACUCUUUUUCAAGGUACAUUUGCAUUUCCGUCUUUUUAGCCGAUGUUCCUGUCAAAAUUUGAGGGAUGGGGAGUCUUUUCGCAUUCCUGGGACAUCUGUACUUUAGGCGCACCAAAAUAUUGAAAACAAAACUCCCAAGAUACUUCCAAGCUUUCUUCUGCUAUUGUGAAUAGGGUAAUGUGAGUGGUGCAGUGACCAGAUUCAAGACUAGUUGGGCAACUCAUAUGUCCUCGCUACCUUUGCUGACAUGCUCAAGCGAGCCCCUUUUCUCGAAUAUCAACAUCACAGUGCUCGCUUGCCCUCCAGCUACUCACUUUCGAUAGUCGGUUUUUGACUAGGCUGCAACCUCAAUCACUUCAAGGCCUAAUUGAAUUUCUUUUUUCCCCUAGUCUUUCCCCGACAGUAGAUGGAAUUUACUUCUCUUCGUGUCGCAUCUUUUAGAGCCAAUUCCAAAUUAUAUGGAUGACUGCAGGUAAUUUAUGG